CGUCGUUCCCCUUCUUUUCUUCCUCCUCCCGUCGCAUCCACGGAUCCACCGAUCCAUCGCCAAAACAUCAAGCAUGGCGCUACCGUCGGCCACCAUCCGCUUCUCCCAGGCUGCCACCAACGCGAUUACCCGACCCGCCACGCGGAGGAGCACCGUCAGCACCCUCCGCUUUUACCCGGAUCGCAUGCGAGGCGCAAAGCUGCGGCUGCAGCGGGCUCCUCGAUGUGCUUCGGAGGACGAGUGGUGGACAGUGCCGCUGCGUCCAGAGGAUCUCGUCGAGACGACGGGGCAUGGCGUGGAGGAGCUGCUGGCUAUACGGGAUGCUCUGGUCGGGGACCCUCUCCGGCCCAUCUGGCUCGCCUUGCAGGAGAUUGUGGCCACCGGCGGAAAUUUCUUGCGCUGCCGCUGCUUCCACGCCGGCUUAGUGUCAGGUGCAUUGCUUCUCGUGGCUGGUAUUUGCCAGCUCUACAAAGUGGCUCCUAACCUCUUCAUGGAUAUCAUCCUGGGAUACAUAUUCUACAAAUUGAGUGUUUUAGCAGCAGAGUUGAAAAGAAAUAGGAAAGCGAACAAUAUAUGUGCUCGGGUUCAGUUUCUUAUGGUUAUUUUAUUCUUCAAGUGUAACAACCCUAUCAAGGACUCUUACUUCCACUUCACGGAGUUUACUUGGGGCAUUGCCUCCCUAGUGUAUUCAUGCACAGUACUCUAUGAAGGUCUUGACAUCAAAUACCCAAGGCAUCAUCUGGAAGGAGUGUUCAAGACAGUGCUGACAACCAAAGGUGGUGUGAUAAAUGUGUUAAAGUUUCUUUUAUUUCGAGUAAAAUGA